UCUACCCCUCCCCUGGUCCCGCCCGCUGGCGGCUCUUUGCAGCUGGAGCGCGCGGGCUGCUGAGCCGCUGCGGCGGCUGCUCCGGAAAAUGUCCGAGCGAGGCGGCUUCUACAAGCAGGAAUUGAACAAGACCGUGUGGGAGGUUCCCCAGCGCUACCAGAGCCUGACCCCGGUGGGCUCCGGAGCCUACGGCUCUGUGUGUUCAACUUAUGAUACCAAAACAAGACAGAAGGUGGCAGUAAAAAAGCUUUCAAGACCUUAGUCACUUAUUCAUGCAAGAAGGACCUAUCGAGAGCUUAGGUUGCUUAAGCACAUGAAACAUGAAAAUGUUAUAGGAUUACUAGAUGUUUUUACACCAGCAACUUCAAUAGAAAAUUUUAAUGAAGUGUAUCUUGUGACAAAUUUAAUGGGUGCUGACUUGAAUAACAUUGUAAAGUGCCAGAAGCUAACAGACGACCAUAUACAGUUUCUCAUCUACCAGUUACUUAGAGGUCUUAAGUAUAUUCACUCAGCUGGAAUCAUCCACCGGGACUUGAAACCCAGUAACCUAGCUGUAAAUGAAGACUGUGAAUUAAGGAUUUUAGACUUUGGUUUAGCCCGACAAACUGAUGAUGAAAUGACUGGAUAUGUAGCAACGAGAUGGUACAGAGCUCCAGAAAUUAUGUUAAACUGGAUGCACUAUAAUCAAACAGUUGACAUUUGGUCAGUGGGAUGCAUCAUGGCAGAGCUAUUGAAAGGCAAGGCUCUUUUUCCAGGAAAUGACUAUAUUGACCAGCUAAAGAGAAUAAUGGAAGUUGUGGGAACACCCAGUUCUGAACUUCUCAAGAAAAUAUCAUCGGAACACGCUAGAAAAUACAUUGAAUCGCUACCACAUAUGCCUCAACAGGAUUUGAAAGCAGUAUUCGUGUGUCCUUUUGCCCUAGCUGUAGAUCUUCUUGAGAGAUGGCUUAUAUUAGACAGUGAAAGAAUAACUGCCUCAGGAAGCAAGCUCGCACAUGCUUACUUUGUUCAGUAUCAUUAUCCUGAUGAUGAGCCUGAGGCUGAGCUAGAUGAUGAGUCGAUAGAGAAUAAAGAACGAACCAUAGAUGAAUGGAAAGAGAUUACAUAUGAAGAAAUGAUUAGCUUUAAACCACCUGAUUUAAAAAUGGAUAGCCUGGAAAUAGAACAGUAAAUACAACCAGCUGUGUUUUGCCUUGCUGCACUAUCAAGACUGUUGAAAACAUAGCAUUACAAUUUAACCUAUAUUCCCAAGAGUAGAUUUUACUAUCCAAAGAUGUUGGAGAAGGAAUGGAAAAGCAGGUAAAUGAUACUGAAGCCAGAUGUUUUUUGCCUUGUACUAUGAAUGUAAUCACAGAACAUAAAAGGCGAUAAAGAACUGCUUCAUUCUGACAAAAUGAUGCACUGAGUUCUGUUUUCCUGGAUUUUUCUGCAUGUUUGAUUUUUAUCAGUUGUAAUGCCAGAAAUGAAGAUAACUUUUUUAUUAUUUUGAAUUAACUUUUUUUGAAAUUGUGCAUUUACAGCAUGAAUGUGUGCAAACAUGAAAGUAGACGUCCAUACACGCAACCAGUUGUUUCCUGGCAUUACCCUAAUUUUAUCUGUUUUUCGUUUUUUAUUUAUAGCUAGUGCCUUUAAGAAAAAGAGGGCAUGGUAAUGAGUUAGACAUAAUAUGCAAAUGUAGUCAUAUCUGUGGUGGUCUUAUAAACAUACUGGAUGUCUCUUGAGUGGUUUAACACCAGUUGGAUAUCAAUGAAUAAAGCUUUGUCAUGUUGCCAUUUAAAA